UCUCGCUCCAAUUCCCCACCGCAAAUCCAGAGCCUUCCAUUUCAAACACUUCGGAGCAACAUCUCCCUUCUCCCCAGCCCAAUCACCCGCCAUGGCCCGCACGAAGCAGACGGCGCGCAAGUCCACCGGCGGCAAGGCGCCGAGGAAGCAGCUGGCGACGAAGGCGGCGCGGAAGUCGGCCCCGGCUACCGGCGGCGUGAAGAAGCCGCACCGCUUCCGCCCGGGCACCGUGGCGCUGCGCGAGAUCCGCAAGUACCAGAAGAGCACGGAGCUGCUCAUCCGCAAGCUCCCGUUCCAGCGCCUGGUCCGCGAGAUCGCGCAGGACUUCAAGACCGACCUCCGGUUCCAGUCCUCCGCCGUCGCCGCGCUGCAGGAGGCCGCCGAGGCCUACCUCGUCGGGCUCUUCGAGGACACCAACCUCUGCGCCAUCCACGCCAAGCGCGUCACCAUCAUGCCCAAGGACAUCCAGCUCGCCCGCCGCAUCCGUGGCGAGCGCGCCUAGGCGGCCGGCCGGCCGACCGGCCAUAUAGGUCAUGGUGCAGUCGCUGCUCGGUAGCUUGUAGUAGGUGUGGUCUUGUGGAAGGAAUGGUGUAGUGAUCUGCAAUGUCUGUCAAACUGUCAACCUCUUGUUGUCGUCAAUGGAAAUCGUCUAUCUUAUGUGCCUAA